CUGACGUGCACUGUCAUUUUAUCGCGUCUAACAAAGUUAUUCUUCUAUCUAUUGCCAAGACACUCCCUUUUUACUAUAAAUUUUCAUUGUUACUUAUUAAUUAGUAAUUAUAAAUCAAUGGAAUAUUUGUGUUUUGUUUAGGGUUGGUACAUUUUGAAUUUAAACUUACCAAAAACAUGUAUACUUCGCGUUAACUUGAGGUUUGAAGAGUGUACUUCGUUAAAAAUUACAGGAAAUGUCUUUAUCAAGAUCAGUUCAUAUCAGCCAGCAAAAGCUGGCUGAAAAAUUAAUAUUACUGAAUGAUCGGGGCAUUGGUAUGUUGACCAGGAUCUACAAUAUCAAGAAAGCAUGUGGUGAUGCCAAAUCUAAACCGGCCUUCCUAUCAGACAAAGCAUUAGAGUCCUCUAUAAAACAGAUUGUCCGAAAAUUUCCUAACAUUGAUUUCAAAGGACUUCAAGUUAUUGCAAGUAUUAAGAAUGAUAUUAUAAAAUCUCUAUCCUUGUACUACUAUACAUUUGUUGAUUUAUUGGACUUCAAGGACAAUGUCUGUGAAAUAUUAAAUGUCGUAGAUUCCUGUCAGGUAUCAUUAGAUUUGACAAUAAAUUUUGAAUUGACAAAAAAUUACUUUGACUUGGUCACAACCUAUGUGUCUUUAAUGAUUCUUUUGUCCCGAGUAGAAGAUAGGAAAGCAGUCCUGGGUUUAUUCAAUGCUGCACAUGAAAUGAUUCAUAAUCAAAUAGAUCCUAAUUUCCCACGGCUGGGACAACUAAUUGUAGAUUAUGAUGUACCACUAAAAAAACUGUCUGAAGAAUUUGCUUGCCAUCAAAAACCUUUAAUGUCUGCAUUAAAUUCACUGUGGCAUGUAUAUCCAGCAAGAAAUCUUACAGCUGAACACUGGAGAUCAGAGCAGAAGCUCAGCCUUGUGAGCAAUCCAGCUCAUCUUCUUAAACCAUCAGAAACUAACACAAUGUCAUGUGAGUAUUUGUCAUUGGAAUCCCUAGAAAGAUGGAUUAUAUUUGGAUUCUCACUUUGUCACCAAAUGCUGCAACAGGAACGUUGCAACAAAAUGUGGGUGAGCGCUUUGGAGUCAGGCUGGGUUUUAGCACUGUUUCGUGAUGAGGUAAUCUACAUUCAUAGUUACAUACAAAGCUUUUUCGAUGGAAUUAAGGGAUAUGGGAAAAAGGUAUCUGAGGUUAAAGAUUGUUAUCAUCAUGCAGUACAAAAAGCAGGAUACAAGCAUCGGGAGAGAAGGAAAUUCUUACGGACAGCAUUAAAAGAGUUGGGGCUCAUAUUGACUGAUCAGCCUGGUCUGUUGGGGCCUAAAGCUUUGUUGAUAUUCAUUGGACUGUGUUAUGCAAGAGAUGAAGUCUUUUGGCUAUUACGUCAUAAUGAUAAUCCUCAAAAGGUCAAAGGCAAAUCAACAGAAGAUCUGGUUGACAGACAGUUACCUGAACUGCUGUUCCACAUGGAAGAGUUGAGAGCCUUAAUGCGUAAGUACAGCCAAGUCAUGCAGAGGUACUAUGUUCAGUAUUUGUCAGGUUAUGAUGCAGUUGCUUUAAAUCUAAUGAUACAAAACUUGCAAGUUUGUCCUGAAGAUGAAAGUAUAAUAUUGACUUCCUUAUGCAACACUGCAGCCAACUUGAAUGUUAAACAAGUUGAAGAUAAUGAAUUAUUUGACUUCAGAGCAUUUCGUUUAGAUUGGUUCCGAUUGCAAACAUACACAUCAGCUGCAAAAAGUGGUUUUCAUCUUGGAGAACAAAGAGAACUGGCUCAAUUUAUUGACAAAAUGGUUUUUCAUACUAAGAUGGUGGACAACUUAGAUGAAAUCAUGGUAGAAACAUCUGAUUUAUCUCUAUUCUGUUUUUACAACAAAAUUUUUGAAAGUCAAUUUCAUAUGUGCUUGGAAUUCCCUGCACAGAAUCGUUAUAUCAUAGCAUUUCCACUUAUAUGUAGCCAUUUCCAAAAUUGUACACAUGAAUUAUGCCCAGAAGAAAGACAUCACAUUAGGGAAAGGAGUCUAUCUGUUGUCAACAUAUUUCUGGAUGAGAUGGCUAAAGAAGCAAAAAAUAUCAUCACAACUAUAUGUGAUGAACAGUGUACAAUGAGUGACAAAUUACUUCCAAAACAUUGUGCCCAAACAAUUGCAAAUAGAAAGAAAAAGGACAAGAAUAAGAAAAAUGUAAUUGAAAUUGUAAAACCAGGUGCUGAAAGUUAUAGAAGGACAAGAGAAGAACUGACCACCAUGGACAAACUGCAUAUGGCUCUGACUGAACUUUGCUAUGCCAUAAACUAUUGUAUUACUGUGAAUGUAUGGGAAUACACAUUUGCACCUCGUGAAUAUUUGAACCAACAUUUGGAGAACAGAUUCUCAAAAGCAUUAGUUGGCAUGGUGAUGUUUAAUCAAGACACUAGUGAAAUUGCUAAGCCAUCAGAAUUGUUGGUCAGUGUUCGUGCAUACAUGAAUGUAUUGCAAACUGUUGAAAAUUACGUACAUAUUGACAUAACAAGAGUGUUCAAUAAUUGCCUUCUACAACAAACACAAAACAUGGACAGCCAUGGUGAAAAAACCAUAGCAUCUUUGUAUACACAAUGGUAUUCAGAAAUUCUGCUGAGAAGAGUUAGUGCUGGAAGUAUCUGUUUUUCCAUGAACCAAAAAGCCUUUGUAAGUCUUUCAGCAGAAGGCGCAAUACCAUUUAAUGCUGAAGAGUAUUCUGAUAUAAAUGAACUUCGAGCCUUAGCUGAAUUGAUUGGGCCAUAUGGCAUGAAACUAUUGAGUGAAACUUUGAUGUGGCAUAUUGCUAGCCAGGUUCAGGAGCUGAAGAAGUUAGUUAUGCAGAAUAAAGAAGUGCUCCAAAUGCUACGAACUAACUUUGACAAACCUGAAAUCAUGAGAGAACAAUUCAAAAGAUUACAACAUGUUGACAAUGUAUUGCAAAGAAUGACAAUAAUCGGUGUUAUUUUGAGUUUCCGCCAAAUAGCUCAAGAGUCCUUAUUAGAUGUUUUAGAAAGACGAAUUCCAUUUUUGAUCAGUUCAAUUAAAGAUUUCCAACAGCAGUUACCUAGUGGUGAUCCUAUGCGGGUUAUAUCAGAGAUGUGUUCAGCAGCUGGUCUGGCCUGUAAAGUAGAUCCAACAUUAGCUACUUCAUUGCGACAACAUAAAGCGGAAUCAGAGGAAGAGGAACACUUGAUUGUUUGUCUACUAAUGGUUUUUGUAGCAGUAUCAUUACCGAGAUUGGCCCGCAGUGAAGGUUCUUUUUAUAGGCCAUCUUUGGAAGGUCAUGCUAACAACAUACAUUGCAUUGCACCAGCUGUCAAUCACAUAUUUGGUGCGCUAUUCACAAUAUGCGGACAAGGCGACAUUGAGGAUCGUAUGAAGGAAUUUUUAGCAUUGGCGUCUUCCUCUUUGUUGCGGCUGGGUCAAGAGACUGAUAAAGAAGCAAUAAAAAAUCGAGAAUCUGUUUAUCUACUUCUAGAUCUGAUUGUUCAGGAAUCACCAUUCCUAACGAUGGAUUUAUUAGAAUCAUGCUUUCCAUAUGUACUGAUACGUAAUGCUUAUCAUGAAGUUUAUAAACAAGAGCAAAUGUUAUUACAUUCAUAAUGAAUUCAUCUUUGUAAAAUGUAUUUUCUAAAAGACUUCACUUUGUAUUAGAAUAGAUCACCUCCUAAUUUUAUUCAUAAAAGCUAUAGCUUAAUUACGAUUUAUUUUUUGUCAUCUAAGUAAAGAUAUCAAUAACCAGGUAUAUUGCAUUUUUUGUGAACAUUGGGAGUUUAUUUAUGUAGUGAUUAAGUAUAGAAAUCAAAUUCCAAUAUUAUUAAGACUAGUAUUUUUAGCUUCCGUAUUUUACUGAGAUUAUGAUUUUGCUUCUCAAGCAAUUACUAUAAGUAGAGUAUGAAUGAAUUGGCAUUGAAAACCACUCUUUUGCAAAUAUGAUUAAGCUUUAACAAGACUGGUGAAUUGUUUAAGUUAUUAAAUUGUGCAUACAUAAGCCCUAUUAUAAAACAGUACAUUAUAUGUGUCAAUAAAAUUAAUUUUAAAAUAGGUAUUGUUUUAUCGCUUAUUUUCUUAUUUACUACUAUAGUUCUCCCUAUAGCCUAUUCAAAUUUUAAUAAUAAAGAUAUAGAAUAAUGUUUGCGUAAUAAAUUUAUGUACACUGUUUGUCAAUUGUCAUUAAUACGUAACGCAGGAAAAUAUUGCCUACGUAAAAUAGUUGUAAAAUUUCCUAUAACUUUUAGCUGUCACAAAUAUCUAAUCACGCAAGAAUUUUUAUUUUUACAUUACUUUUUUUUUCACCGCAAGUAUCUACUAUCCGUAAAUCAAUUUACAUCAGUGUUCUUCCUAGUCUCAGGAUCUUUUGAGGGCUAUAUAUAAACUAUUAAUUGGCACAUUCCUCAUUAAUGAUUUUAUAGUUAAAAUCACACAGUGCUGUAUUAAUUAAAAUAUAAUUGCAUUGAAUUAUGAAUAAAUAUUAAGUGUAAUUGGAUUAAGGCACUAGAUUAAGAACUAUGUACAUUAUUUAUUUAAUUUUAACUCACAAUAUAGAGGUACUGCCACAUAAAUAUAAUUAAAUCUGAACUAAACAUUUCUCUACUUUAAUAUUUUUGAAAAAUGUUGUCAACCAUUAGAGAACUGGUGAGUGCAAUAUACGGUGACGUCUGAAUGAAUGAAUGCAUUUUAUUGCACCGUCACUGUUACCUACAUUGGUGUUAAAAAAUUGAUAUCUUUUAGGGCUGGAGAAUACUGACAGCAGUCAUGUUUCAUAUAAUACAACAAAUAUUCACAUUAGGGUAUGUAUUCACUAAGAGCUUUAACUCAAAUUUACAUUACUAUUAUGUUUACUUCGAUAAUUUGUAGGUAUCGAAAAGGUAGCGGAGCCUGUAACGGGUGGUUUUUGAAAUUCAGAUUUACACAUAAAUCUAUCGAAAUAAACUUUAAUGUAGACCUAAAAUAAGUCUUUGUAUAACUCAUUAGAAGCUCUGAAUCGUUAAGACGGAAACGGUACAUGCUUGCUUAUAUUGUAUUUAUUACGUAAACAUGCCUCUGGCUAUUAGCAUUAUGUACCUAUGUAUUGCUGUACAAAAAUUGCCUCACACUUCAGUAAUAAUAUCGUAUUUCAAGUUCGAGUUAUUAUUGAUAUACUCGAAUGCUCGUGGUGAAUAUUGACCCUUAUUCAUGCGCUUCUUUCAUUUUAACAAAGAUUUUGUACCUUGUUUGUAUUUACAUAAGUAUAUUAAUUAUCUACCUGUUUAAUAAAAAAAGUACAUAUAAAGAA